AACUUUCCUAAACAUCGAAAAAUGGCAACCAAAACUCUCCUCUACUGUUCUCUCUUAGCCAUCACCAUCUUCUUCGCUUCCACUUCUUCAGCUCACCGGGAAAACCUAACCAUCGAGCUAAUCCACCGCGACUCUCCUCAUUCUCCACUCUACAACCCUCAACACACUGUCUCUGACCGCCUCAACGCCGCUUUCCUCCGAUCAAUCUCACGUUCCCGCCGUUUCUCAACCAAAACCGAUCUCCAAUCCGGUUUAAUCUCAAAUGGCGGCGAAUACUUCAUGUCCAUCUCAAUCGGUACUCCGCCGUCGAAAGUCUUUGCCAUCGCUGACACGGGAAGUGACCUAACUUGGGUUCAAUGCAAGCCAUGUCAACAAUGUUACAAACAAAACAGUCCACUCUUCGAUAAGAAGAAGUCUUCUACCUACAAAACCGAAUCUUGCGAUUCCAAAACCUGCAACGCGUUGUCUGAACACGAAGAAGGGUGCGACGAAUCGCGCAACGUCUGCAAAUACCGAUACUCUUAUGGAGACGAAUCGUAUACCAAAGGAGAAGUUGCAACCGAGACAAUCUCUAUCGAUUCUUCCUCUGGCUCCCCUGUUUCUUUCCCUGGUACUGCCUUCGGUUGCGGCUACAACAACGGUGGUACAUUCGAAGAAACCGGAUCCGGAAUCAUCGGACUUGGAGGCGGUCCAUUAUCGUUAGUUUCCCAGCUCGGUUCUUCCAUAGGGAAGAAAUUCUCUUAUUGCUUGUCACACACGUCAGCUACAACAAACGGCACAAGCGUCAUAAACCUAGGAACCAACUCAAUUCCUUCCAAGCCAAGCAAAGACUCCGCUACGCUCACUACACCAUUAAUCCAAAAAGAUCCCGAGACUUACUAUUUCCUGACCCUCGAAGCAAUCACCGUCGGCAAAACCAAGCUUCCAUACACCGGAGGAGGAUACAGUUUAAACCGGAAAUCAAAGAAGACCGGUAACAUCAUAAUCGACUCCGGCACAACUCUUACGCUUCUCGACUCGGGAUUUUACGAUGACUUUGGUGCGGCCGUGGAAGAAUCAGUAACCGGAGCUAAGCGUGUGAGUGAUCCACAAGGGAUUUUAACACACUGUUUCAGAUCCGGAGACAAAGAGAUCGGUUUGCCGGCGAUAACAAUGCAUUUCACCGGAGCCGACGUGAAGCUGAGUCCGAUCAACGCGUUCGUGAAACUGAGCGAAGAUAUAGUGUGCUUGAGUAUGAUUCCGACAACUGAAGUUGCUAUAUACGGAAAUAUGGUUCAGAUGGAUUUUCUUGUUGGCUAUGACUUGGAGACCAAAACGGCGGUUUUGAAGCAUCUAGGGCAUGUUAAUGCUGAUGCUGUUGUUGUUGAUGAAGAAGAGCUUCAUUGUCAUCAGAAACUUCAAGAUCUUUAUAGCUCUACUAAGGCUGCUAAGCGUUUGCAAAGGAAUAUUGUUCGUGGACUCGAAGGUUUCAUUGCGACGGGCACGAAAGUUGUAGAGAUAGGGUUGAAGUUUGCUGAAGAUUUUAAGAAAUAUGGAGAUGAGAAUCCUGAUGCUAAUACUCCUCUCUCAAGAGUUGCUCAUCACUUUGGGACCUCUUACAAGUCGGUGGAAGGCGAGAGGGAAACUCUCCUCGGAGUUCUUAGUGAGCAGGUUUGUGAACCAAUUCGUACAAUGAUAUAUAGUGCGCCUUUGGAGGAUGCUCGGCACUUAGUGAAUCACUAUGACAGGCUGAGACAAGAAGUUGAAGCUCAGGCCACUGAUGUACUGAGGAGAAGAUCAAAGUUGAAGGAAUCUGAUAUUUCUGAAGAAGCCUACAUAAAACUUAAGAAUUCCGAAUCGAGAUUAGCUGAGCUCAAAUCAAGUAUGAAAACUCUUGGCAAAGAAGCUACUAAGGCCAUGUUGGAAGUCAAUGAUCAGCAGCAGAACGUAACUUCUCAGCGCCUCCGUGCUCUGGUUGAAGCUGAAAGAUCAUAUCAUCGUAAUGCCCUUGAUAUCCUCGACAAGUUACAUUCUGAGAUGAUUGCUGAGGAAGAAGCUAUAGGAUCAUCACCAAAGUCACCAACUUUACAUUUAGAGGAUAGUGCUUCUCUUCCACAAGAAGAACCGAAUCCAAAGCCCUUGGGAGAGAUCAAAUCAAAUCCCUCGGGAAAGAUCAAAUCAAGUCGUCGAGAAGAAAUCAAGUCUAAUCCCCAAGAAGAAGAGAUCAAGAAGUCCAAUGGAUCUGAUGAUCAGCACAACCAUCAACUUCUCAGUCAGAAUGAUUCCUACUUUCUUGCAAAGGUUGUGCACCCGUUCGAUGCUCAAGCCCCGGGGGAACUCAGUCUCGCUGUCGAUGAUUAUGUAAUUGUGCGACAGGUGGCUGGGACAGGCUGGUCAGAAGGAGAAUACAAGGGCAAAGCCGGAUGGUUUCCGUCUGCUUACGUUGAGAAACAAGAGAAAGCUCCGGCGAGCAAGAUUGUGGAAUCAAACCCCAAGCAACAAUGAUCCCUUUCUUUUAACAUAUACAUACAAAAAGUAUGUGUAAGAUAUGAUUUGUGUUUGUUUUUCUUCCUUUUUACCUAUCAUCCAAGUAGCAUCAUGAGUCUUAACUCUCGAGUUAUUUCUUUACACAGUUGUGAAAAUCCUGUUUUAUCUUUUGUAAUUUACUCUGAUAACGAUAAUCAUCUUUCUUGUUUCAGUAAAGUUUGAGUCUUUAAAGAAUAUGAAGACUCUGUUUCUGGGUUUUGGUAACAAAGGAUAAUUCGUAAU